AGAAACAAAAAUGAAAAUUUGUCUAAUUUCCAUCUUUUUAAUAUCGUUAACUAAUACAGUCAGAUGUGGUUACUUAACUGGCCACCACCCUCUCCCUCCUAAUGUAAUAAGUUCUCGAACUAUCAUAGGUGGCGCUGUAGGGGGACCCCCUUCAGGCGCUUAUUCGUCCUCCCAAUUAACACAAACCGUAUCUACGUCACCUACACAAGUUCAAUCAUCCAUUUCUACCCAUCAUCCAUCCCAACAUGGCUACAACAGAGGAAAUCAAGGACCCGGUUACAUUCAAGUUUCUAGAUACAAUCAAGGUCAAUUUAGUAAUCAAGGUCAGAAUCAAGGUUACGGACAGAACCAAGGUCAUAACUAUAACGGAUACAACACUAAUAUCCCUAAUGUAAUAGCUUAUGGAUCAUAUGACCAUAGCAAUCAAGAUCAAGGAUCUCAGUACCAAAGUAACAGUCAAGGUCAAAGCCAAGGAAACAACGGUCAAGGUGGAUCGUACCAAAAUCCAGGAGGUUACUAUCGGAUUCAAAGUCAACAAUACGGUUAUAAUGGUGUACAUGGAACAAAUAGUUACGGACGUUUUUAAAGGAAGGCUCUGUUUUUUACGUCUCUGAAAUAGGUAGAUUGUUAAUAGACCAAAUCAUUCUGUUAAGAUAAAUGAAUAUUUAUGUAUAUAAAACAAAAUGUAUUUAAUAAAUUAUUUCCUGC